AAAGUUGUAGACGUUGUAGUUGUCUGCCCCAGCCAUCAUCCUCUCCGUCUGACCAGUGACCGUCCGUCUUCUCCCGUCUCCGUCGUCCGAGUUCCGACCCGCUGACAGUUUCACUCUUUACUCUUUAGUCGUUUCAGUUUUCAGCGUUGUACUGUCGUGCGUCCUGCCGUUACUGUGUUCUCCGUGUUGUUUGUCAGUCUCAACUCUCACUCUUUUCUCGUUCCCGUUUGCAACUUUCCAUUUUUUUUAAUAUAAUAAUAAUAUUAUUAUACACACGUUUGUGCCACAGGUUGACUGAACAUAAAUCAUACAUACGCCCGACGAUACAAUGGCCGUCAAAGGAUUAACGCUGUUGGUAGUGGCUUUUGCGUUCUGCAACUGCGUGGUUGAAGGAUCAAAUGAUUGUACUUUGCCAUGGUUAGUAGACAACAAUCCAUUCAUCUCCAAGGUUGAAUCUUUCUCUGUCAACAGAUGUCCUACGCCUAUUAUUGGUGAUCCAGCUAAAGAAUAUUGCUGUUAUAAUACUGACGGAAAGGUGGAAUGUUGCAAUUUUCAAGAAUUUAUGCUCUUUGGGUUGAUUUGCCUUAUUCCAAUUCUUAUUGUUUUGCUGAUUCUUUCAUCCAUUCUCAGUUGCAUCUGUUGUUUAUUGUGCCCAUGUUGCGCUAUUUACAAACGUAGGCAAUCUGGCAGGGUACUUGUUCGACCGCUUUCAACCAAUUGUGUCAUUAUAGAAGGUUUGCCAUCUGUAAUAUCCAAUCAUGGAUCCUAUUAUGCUUCAGCUUCAACAGGUUCUACACCUUUAAUACCUAAUGAGUACCCUAAACAUUACUAAUAGUUAAAAUAUUUAACUAAUGCAAUUAAU